AUGCCGCUCCCACUGGGGGCGUCGAUCAGUGAUCCAAACUUUGUGUUUCUGCAGAUUUUACACGCCAUGAGCCUCUUCUUUAUCAUACUUGGUGUGGCGCGUGUGGUGCUUGGUAUUCUGUCGCUGGCGCUCAUUGACAGCAGCGCCGUCUCCCUCCCGCUCUUCACUUCACUAGGACUCUGUUUUCAUGUGCCACUUCGCUCACUUUUUGUGGUGAAAGUGGAAGAAGUUUUGGACGGAUCCGGCAUGCGUUUUUUUAUCAUGCAUGUGUUGGCUGCGCUUGGUUUGUCAGGUCCGCUCGCUCUUACGAUUCAGCGCCGCAAGUAUACACUUGACUUCGCAUUCACACUAUAUGUCAUCUACUACGUAUUUUCCUGCGUUGCAGCUAAGCGGCUGACGGGGGGCGGGUUUGCGUGGUGGCUGUCGGUGCUCGCGGGGUUCUGCGUAUUGUACAGUGUAGCCUCCUUCUUGUGUAGGCGGCGUGAGCUGCAGGAUAUCUUUUUCCCGUUACCCACGUCGUCGUCGGCUGCUGCUGCUGCUGCUGCUAGCAGUAGUGGUGGCAGCGGCGGCAAUACCACGACUGCUGGUGGUGGUGGUGGUGGUGGUGGUGGUGGCGAUGUGAUGAUGACAACGUUGAGUAUUGCAAUGGAUACAAACGGCGGCGACGCAGAGGUGAGUCCUUUUGGGGGUGGCGGCAUGUCCCCGCGCAAGGCGGUAGAGGCGGUGCUGAUGGGUCCAGGCAGCGCUAGGAAGCGGCGGACUUAG